AUGGCUAUCGGCAAUCCAGACAGCUGGAUCGAGCAGCUUCGACAAUGCAAAUACCUCCCAGAGCCCGACAUCAAGGCAUUGUGCGAGAUGGUCAGAGGCAUCCUCAUGGAGGAGAGCAACAUUCAGCCCGUGUCCAGCCCCGUGACAGUAUGCGGUGAUAUCCACGGCCAGUUUUGGGACCUCCUCGAGCUCUUCCGCGUCGGAGGCGAGCCACCGGACACCUCCUAUGUCUUUAUGGGCGACUUUGUGGACCGAGGCUACUUUAGCUUGGAGACGUUCUCGCUGCUCAUGGCGCUCAAGGCAAGACAUCCGUCGCGCAUCACGCUGCUUCGCGGCAACCACGAGAGCCGACAGAUCACCCAGGUCUACGGCUUCUACGACGAGUGCCAGCGCAAGUACGGCAACGCCAAUGUUUGGAAGAGCUGCUGCCAGGUGUUCGACUACCUCAAUCUCGCCGCCAUCAUCGACGGCCGCGUGCUGUGUGUUCACGGCGGUCUCAGUCCCGACGUGAGGACGUUGGAUCAGAUCCGCAUCAUCGCACGUGCACAGGAAGUCCCUCACGAGGGUGCCUUUUGUGAUUUGAUGUGGAGUGAUCCAGACGACAUCGAGACCUGGCGGGUGUCGCCGCGUGGAGCUGGCUGGCUGUUCGGUGGCGCAGUGACGAAAGAGUUCAACCACGUCAACGGACUCUCACUCAUAGCGCGCGCGCACCAGCUGGUGCAAGAAGGCUACAAGCUCAUGCACGACAACAACAUCGUCACGGUGUGGUCUGCGCCCAACUACUGCUAUCGGUGCGGUAAUGUGGCGUCGAUCUUUGCGGUGGACGACCUGAUUGCGUACGAGAGCAAGAACGGCGCCUCUGCCCUCGUGGGUGCUGCAGCGAGCGGGCAAGACGAAGAGCAGGGCGAUACCACCAAGACAGCGGCGGCUGCAGGGGACGCACCACAAGCAGGCAAGCCUUGGGAGGCAACACAGGCCAACUUCAAGAUCUUUGACGCCGUGCCAGAUCAGACGAGGACCGUCACCAUGCACAGCCAGUAUUUCCUCUGA